AUGCUCAACUUCAAGCUGUCAGGGAGGAUCCUUGUCUUGGCCUCUGCGGUAACUCUGGGAGUUGCGCUACGGUCCGUCAAUGAGCAAGUACCCCUUGGCUCAGGUCUUCGCCACACCUAUCCUUUGAGUAAUGCAAAGACAGCUGGCAAUCGUGUUAUCACUCCAGAGCUUUCGGUUUUCAUUGAGAGUGUUCUGAAAAACGCCACAAUAUCAGGAAUAUCAAUCGGGGUUGUGCAACUCAUAGAUGGACGAGAGCCUGUCGUCGAACUCGAUUCGUGGGGACGCCAAACGGAGGAGGGAGACGGGCAUGACUUGACGCCUGAUGCUCUGUUUAAUCUGGCCUCAUGCUCCAAGGCAUUCCUCGCUAGUUCAGUCGGCUUGCUCAUGGACGACUAUGCACAAGGUCGCAAUGUGACGCCCUUGCCCCCUGGCGUGACGCGCUUCGACUGGGACACCAAACUGGCCGAAAUGCUGCCAGGUGAAUGGGGGCUUGAGGACGAAUGGGCGAGCAUGAAGACAAACUUCCGCGAUGCUCUGUCGCAUGUCACUGGCAUGCCUAGGCACGACUAUUCCUAUGCGCCUGGCGAUACCUCCGGCAGCGUCGUGCGGAACCUAAGGAAUUUGCGGCCUGCAUAUGAGCUUCGCCAGCGGUAUUCAUACAACAACCAGAUGUUCACAACAGGCUCGUACGUUGUGAAAAAAUACUCGAAUAUGUCGUAUAUGGACUUCGCCACCUCACGCCUGUUUGCUCCAAUGGGCAUGUCCUCUACCACCUUUUGGCCUGAGGAAGCGGCAAACAGCGGGAAGCUCACGCAGACAUGGACCAAGUUUGGCCGGCGGAUCCCGUUCUGGUUCACAGACGAGGUCGUCGACCUCAUGGCUGGUGCAGGCGGGGUCAUCUCAAGCGCUCAGGACAUGACAAAAUGGCUCAGCGUGUUGCUCAAUUCUGGCGUGGACCCGGUGUCUAAUACAACUAUCCUCCCGCGGUCAGUGUUCGAUGAGAUUACCACCGCCCAUACGAUCAUGAAGGGCACGCCGGAUAGUCCCGAGAUAUCUGUCGCUGGAUACGGCCUGGGAUGGAUGCGUUUUUCGUAUCAGGGGCAUGAUAUCAUCACCCACACUGGUGCAAUCCCAGGCAUCUCAACCCGGGUGGCAUUCCUGCCUGCGGAUGGGCUGGGCUUCGUCAUCCUCGCAAAUGGCGACGAGAAGGCCGCGGCGAACGAAGUAAUCGCUUAUCGUAUCAUCGAGGACGUGCUGGGGCUACCACGGAUUGAUCGGGUCUUGGGCACGAACUCCAGAGGUCAGGCUACGCGCGUCGAUUGCAUGGAUGGCUAUGUCACGGCACCUGCGGCUGAUUCGGCUAUGGCGGCUGGACGUGCACUGUCGGCAAACUUGAGCGCAUAUGCUGGAACGUAUACCAAUCCCGGGUACGGUGCGCUCACGCUUUGCGCGCCGACGAGCGACUCGCACUACUGCUCCUUUGUCCUAUCCGAUUUCGCGCCGCUGGACAAGAACAUAAAGACGCGGACAAACCUCUACGCGACAUGGCCACGCAUAUGGUCGCAGAGUGUCCGAAUGGUGCACCAGGACGCGGACACGUUCGGGCUGGAGCUGACUGCGGUAUUCCCGCACGGGUAUGGCGCAAACAGCAGCGCAUUCGAGACGCUGGAGACGGGCGAGGGCGAGGGUCGCGCGGUGUUUGUUGUGGAGGAUUUUCCUGGAGACGUCAAGAAGGUGAAGGGAUUCGGCCUCAUCCUCGAUACCGAUGCUGUUGCAGCGAGAGCGCGCGACCACACCGCUGUAGAGGAGAUUGCGGAUGCUUGGUUCGCAAAAGUAUGA